AUGGCUUAUAAUCCAUUUUUAAGUAUGACCGAGCCUAGUGCUCCAGUGACAACUGAGGCACUUAAUCCUUUUAUGAUUACUGACACGGAACCAUCCGAGUUCAAUGGUGAUAAUCCUUUUGCUGCCAGUAAUCCAUUUUCAGAUUUCGGUGGCAGCUACGACCCUCCUGUUGGUGACACAGUACCUACUGAUAUUUUUGGGGGUGCUGAGCCUACCGGAGCCAAACACUUUGAGGAAUUUACGAGAGAUGCACCUGAUUCCCUAGAUAUAUUUACCAGUAGUUCUUCAGAAACUGAACGAAUGGUUAAACCUACAGAACUUGAUUUAGUAUCGACUAGAACCGAUCAUAUCUUUUUAGAAGAGGAGGAGCUCCAGGGGUCUCAGCCACCAACACGACCUUUGCCUCCUGAGACACAAAACUUAAUACUAAGUGUUACUGGGCAGAUGGAGUUUACCAGUUCCCACCUCCUCGACCGCAUUCCACCAACCCGAACGCCAAGUCCUGUCUCAGUCCGUGAUAUCCACUCACCGAGCCCUACGCCAGAGCCUGAUUCUGAGCCAGAGCGACAAGAGGAAGUGGUGACGGAGAGCUUUGACAUUAACCGUAACAAGCCUGUGCGGCCACCACCUGCACGCCCUCCGCCAGCUUCGCGACCUCCUCCGCCACGUCCUCAACCACCACCACCACCUCGGCCACCCGUUGCACCAGGAGCGACAGCACCUGUCGACCACUCAAAUGAUAUAAACUUGUUCGAUGCGCCUGUACCCACAUCUGCUAAACCUACUAAGGAAGCUAUAAUGAGUUUGUAUUCAGCGCCUAAGGCAGUGAAGAAACAGAUCGAUUUUCUUAGUGAUGAUAUUACAGACGAUAUGUGCAUCGACGCAAGUCACGAAAUUUCCCAAAAUUUCGUAAGUGAAGUAACGACGUCAUCACCGAUGGUUAUUAACCAGACUGAACCUAAGUCUGAGCAGAUUACUGUAUCCAGCACUAGCCCUUUCAACGCGACCGAAGAAUCAACGUUGACCACUGUUGUAGCGCCGAUGGAUUGCUCAGAACCUCAAACGGAUAUCCUUCCUGCACCAUCUAAUACGUCUCCUUUUGCAGAUGAAGCUAAAAAUGCGUUUGAAAGUCAGCCUCAAGAUACAGAACGAAAUCCUUUUGAAAGUGCAAUUGAAACUGAGUCGGAAUUAAAUGUAUUCUCCAAUUCCGUUACAGAUAUGUUUGGCGUAAAGUCAGACGAUGUGGUUAUGGCACCAACAAAUCACUUAUUUGAUGACACCUAUGUGUCACCAAGUCAAAAUGUUUUUGAAAGUGACCCAGAUAAGGCAUUUGGGGACAUAUCAAUGACCAAAAUAGACGAGUCUCAUACCAAUAUUUUCAACAAAGAUUCAAAAGAAUCGACUGAAGUUGACGCGUUUAAUGUUGGGGAGCGGAAUGCAUUUGACAACAGUGUCCCUUUGACUGCUACGGAUGCCGGUUGGGGUGAACCGGGAGAGGGGCUAAUGCAAGAUGCCUUUGCUGGUGGCCAGGAUGCAUUUGAUGCAUUCUCUGCUAAAUUCGAUGCUACUAGCGCAAACAAUUUAAAUUCAGGUGCGUGGGGAGAUGACGGUACAGGCGACCUCGCAGCUAGUGGUUUUGAGGCAGAAGCGUUUGACCCAUUUUUGAAUAUGGGAGCUCCACCACCACCUGCAGCAACGCCGCGACUUGAUCACCAAGGUUCCAGGGAGUCUACUGACGACACAUUCUCUGUCUUCAUUAGACCGAAAGAUAGCGAAACCAGUGGCGAGGAAACGACAGUACCAGUGCUUGCGCCUCCACCGCGACCACAAGCGCUACCUGAGUCCCCUCGAGUCAAUCCGUUUGACAAGAAUGGCUUUGAGCAACAGCCACAAAUGGAGCAGUUCAGUGAGCGCACGGAGACAGAUGUCGGAAGCGGCGGGGAAAGUCCGCCCACACCGCUUUUCGACGAUGACGUGUCCAUGCCCCUCGAAGACUUCCCGCGAGUUAAGUACACCGGCCCCGGCUGGGAGAUGCAUUUGCGACAGCCCAACAAGAAAAAGAUUACAGGACAGAGAUUUUGGAAAAAGAUCUUCGUACGAUUGAGCUACCAGGGAGACAAUCCUGUGGUUCAACUGUACAACGCGGCGACGGAUAAGGAGCCGUUCCAGGAACUGCCGCUCCAAGCGUGCUACUCCGUGUCCGAGAUCGGCGCGCAGCAGUUCGACCAAUUCGGCAAAAUCUUCACCGUAAAACUGCAGUAUGUUUUCUACAAGGAGCGGCCUGGCGUCAGACCGGGCCAAGUGACGAAGGCGGAACGUAUUACAAACAAGCUGUCACAGUUUGCGGCGUACGCAAUACAAGGUGACUACCAGGGCGUUAAAGAGUUUGGAAGCGAUUUGCGCAAGCUGGGACUUCCUGUCGAACAUGCGCCACAGGUGUCGCAGCUGUUCAAGUUAGGCUCAUUAUCAUACGAAGAUGUAAAGCAGUUCUCCUGCUGCGUGGAAGAGGCGUUGUUCCGUCUGGUCGCGCACCGCGAUCGCGCUCUCACUUACAAGAUGGAAGAGGUGCAAAUAACUGCAGUUGAUGAGCUGUACGUGGAGCAGGAUGCAGAAGGGUCUGUAAUCAAGCAGAUCGCGCGCGUUAGACUCUUCUUCUUGGGCUUUCUAAGUGGUAUGCCAGACGUGGAGCUGGGUGUGAACGACCUGCGCCGUCAGGGCAAGGAGGUGGUGGGGCGUCACGACAUUAUCCCCGUCGUCACAGAAGAAUGGAUUCGCGUUGAAAUUUCAGAGUUUCACGCGUGUGUUCAGCCUGAGGAGUUUGAGAAGACUCAAAUCAUUAAGUUCAAGCCUCCUGACGCGUGUUACAUCGAGCUAAUGCGGUUCCGCGUCCGCCCACCCAAGAAUCGCGAACUGCCGCUACAGCUCAAAGCGGUCUGGUGCGUCACCGGCAACAAGGUGGAGCUGCGAGCUGAUGUGCUGGUCCCAGGGUUCGCAUCUCGGAAGUUGGGCCAAGUGCCGUGUGAAGACGUAUGCAUUCGCUUCCCCAUUCCAGAGUGCUGGAUCUAUUUGUUUCGUGUAGAAAAGCACUUCCGAUAUGGAUCCGUUAAAUCGGCUCACAGACGUACUGGCAAAAUAAAGGGUAUUGAGCGUUUCCUGGGUGCAGUGGAUACCCUACAGGAAUCGCUGAUCGAAGUGACUUCAGGACAAGCGAAAUACGAACACCAGCAUCGGGCAAUCGUGUGGCGCAUGCCGAGGCUGCCAAAGGAGGGACAGGGUGCGUACACGACGCACAACCUGGUGUGUCGUAUGGCGCUGACAUCAUACGACCAGAUCCCGGCGGAGCUAGCGAAGAAUGCCUACGUGGAGUUCACGAUGCCGGCGACCCAGGUCAGCCACAUGACCGUCCGCUCCGUCUCGCUGCAGGACCACGACGGGGAUCCACCUGAGAAGUACGUGCGGUACCUCGCCAGGCACGAGUACACAGUGGGCAUCGAGCGCACGUCGGGUCAGUCUGCGCCGGCCUACGCGCUGGCCACGUCGCGCGAAAAGCCCCCCUCCGCCGAGCCCAGCCCCGCGCCCACCCCUGCCGCCCCGCAGCCUCCCUCCUCCGACUCAGAUUCGGACUAG